GUGAAGACGUAUGACCACGUUGCCCUUUCUUUUCUCCAGUAACUCUCCACACGUCCAGUUUUUUUUUUUUUUUACCUGGAACCCCUCAGCUACUAGUGUUCUUAUUUAUUUUUUGAACUUGUUGUUUUUUUUUUGGUUGGUAUAGUUACACGAGUGUAUAAAAUUACCCCCCAAAAAAGGAGGGAGAAAGGAAUCGAUUGGAAGUCCAUCAAGUGCCCUGUUUAAUACUCUGAAAAAAGAAAAGAACUACUUAACCUCUUUUGUUGAAUGUCGUUAUUUCGACUAUUGCCAAUCACUCGUUUUUUUUGCCACGUGUGAAAACUAUAAAUCGCGUGCAAAGUGCAAGUGCAAAGAGGCUUAAAGAAAAGGAUUCGGUUUCUUAAAGUAAGAGAUCGACACGUUUCGCAAUGGCGUCCAUCACGUGGUGCAUCUUUAGUCUUUUGGGCGCGCUGACGACCACGUCGGCCAUGCUGACUUUCCAUCAAGGUGGAUACAAUCAACUGCAAGUGGCGCUCAAUCCCCACACCCCUGCACCGGCCAAUUGCUCUCAAAUGUUCCACCAUCUCGAGAUGGUCAUCAGAGAAUCAUCGCGGCUGUUGCAUCAAGCGACGGACGGACGUGCGUUCAUCCGCACCGUUAGCGUCGUCGUGCCGACGGGGUGGGGCGUCGACGUCAGUUCGAUGUGCGGCCGCAAUGUCAGCCGCACCCGGUUGGAAUCUUACGACGAGGCCGACGUCCGCGUCUCGGCUCUACCUCAUCCGCUCUUCACAGGUGGCGCUGACGUCCUGUGGACUCAACAGUCGCGCGAUUGCGGCCAACCUGGCGACUACAUUUCAGCCGGACCGGAUUUCUUUUUCAAACCGACGCCAACAUUCGGCACUAACGUCUCCGACGUCUGGAUCAGAGGGCGUCGCUUUCUGCGUGAAUUCGCUAAAUAUCGAUACGGAGUCUUUGAUUUGAACGAACGCGUCGCUACGCAACACGACGGCCUCUUCCCCGAUUUCUUCUGUCCGUCGGCCUCGUCGGCCAGCAACGCGACCGGCCGAUCCAUCCAAGCCAAUCGAUGGGGUUGCGAUAAUUCAUCGAACGAGAAUUGCAUCAACGGCACUACCCAAUCGCCUUCUUUCAUGACGGCGACCGCUUUUUGCGACGCUUCGUCGCACGACGAUAUGGCGCCCACGCAGCACAACCUCCUCUGCCUCGGCCAGAGCGUCCGCGACGUCGUUUUCGCCCACCAGGACCUGAAAACAAUGAACGCUCCGAUGUUUAACCGGCUCGAGACGAUUUUCAACUAUAAACAAGCUGCUCUGCCACGUUACGUUUUGGCCUUGGAUAAAAGCUCCCCUAUGGACGAACGAGAUCAUUGGAAAUAUGUGAGGAGCGCCACGAGACGCCUGGUGCUGCACGAUCUUGCAGACGAAACGGAAUUGGGCAUUUUGAGUUUCGCUGAGUCGGUCCAGAUCCACACGGAUGGCCAAAAUGGGCCAAUGGUUCGGCUCGGCAGUCCCGGAAGUCGUGAACAAGUGGCUUCGGCCAUCCCCGUUUUCAUCACGAUGCCGUCGAGCGGCGCAACUGGAACUGGUUCCGUCCAGGAAUCCUGUCUGACUUGCGCCUUGGCCGAAGCGAUUGCUAUGUUGGAACGCGGUGGCGCUUCUUCUGCUGGUGACGUCAUCGUUCUGAUUACGACUGGUUCGUCCAGUGCAGACCAGGUGCAAAGCGCUUUGGCCCUGGCCAGCCGCAAACAAGUCCGCGUGUCUGUUGUGGCUUUCGCUUACGUCCCGACACCUGGAACUCACCGGGCUGGAGCUUUGCGCAACCUCCAAUCACUCGCCGAGGCUACCGGUGGACGUAUGACGGCCGUGGCCAGCAAGGGAGUCGGUACCAUGUCGCACAUUUCCAUGCUGAUCGAGCUGGGCGAUGCUCUCCUCACUACUCUCGAGUUCCAUCAAGGCAGCGACAAUGUUCCAACUCUGGUGCACGAGCAAGAAUUUGGCAGCGAAUCGGCCAGCGGCUGGGUAAAUGGAACGUUUUACAUGGACCCGUCAUUAGGCCGGGACACAGUCAUGGCGGUCUACUUUUACUCCCGCGACUUUAACACGCACGUCGGAGAUAUCCGACUCGUCUCUCCGGAUGGCGUCGAACACCGAGGUAUCUCUGAAACGGCCAUGGCCAGCUUGUACGUCACGCCAUUGGAACCCAUCGAAAAGUCUGGAGUGUGGCGCUAUUCGUUCGAUCGGCGAUCGCAAAGUCAUCAAUCGCAUUUUGUUAAAGUGACGUCCAAGCAAAAAAUGAGGUCCAGCGCACAGCCGCAACUGCGCGGACCUUUGACAGCCAAACUCCGCAUCAUUCCACCGGCUGUCGGCGAUGCUCCUUUCAUCCUAUUGGCCACGGUUAAAUCGGGUGAGUUUCCAGUAUUGGACGCCAGAGUGCGAGCUAUUAUUCAAUUUACUGGAACGCCUUCCAAUCUCGAUUCGACCAGCAAUAACACCAUGGUUGUUGAUUUAUUUGACAACGGCAACGCCGAUCCUGAUAUUACCCGAGGCGAUGGAGUGUAUUCGCGCUAUUUCGGCAAAUACUUCCGCGGGGCGGGUACUUAUUCCGUCACGUUAUCCGUCGAUGCCAUGGACGGAAGAGCUUACACUAUCCGCACGUCUCCGAGUUCCAAACAAAUCGAUGCCGUUGAAUGCUGCGGAAGUGUCAUUCGUGUUCCUCUGGAACGCCGUGAAUUGACUGGAGCUUUCAGCCGGUUAGUUCCAGGUGGAAUUAUCAGUGCCGGAAGUAGCCAAUUUGGAAGUUCUCCUUCUGCGACAACUAACGCCACCUUGGGGCAGAUUGCGGAAGCGCUUGAUAUUCUCCCACCUUCGCGAGUCACUGAUCUUCGAGUUCAUGUUGAACCGACAACACAACGAAUUACCUUCCAAUGGACGGCCGUCGGUGAUGAUUUCGACAUUGGCACCGCCUACACGUACGAACUUCGUAUGGCAUCGAACAAAACUUGGCUGAAAUCACAAUCGACGUUCCAGCAAGCCGAAACUUUACCUGCGCCUACCCCUCGUUCCAGCGGAGACGCAAUGGACCUGACUUUGAUGGAUUUCGAUCGUUACGACCGCUGGUUCUACGCCGCCAUCCGAGCUGUCGAUCGUCGUGGUAACCGUGGCCGAAUCUCCAACUUGGUCCAGCUUUGGAUGCCAAGUCCGCCUACCACCACUACGACUCCCGCACCAGUUUGGCCUGCCACUUCCUUGUCUGUCAACGAUGUUCCACCCCAGUGGUUCAAUGGUGGCGGUUUGAGCACCGUUCACUGGGCUGCCAUCGUCGCCGGUAUUUGCGUUGCUUUGCUCAUCCUCGUCUUGGCCGUCUACUUUGUCGUAGCGGCCAAGAGACGCAAGGACAAAGAACAAAACAGCAAAUCAGGACCGCCCAAAUUUGCCUAUGUCCCAACGACCGUCAGCAGCACUUUGUACCCAACUCCAGAGACCAAGAGCGCCUCAACAACCGAUUUGGCCAUCCAGGACCAGAACAAAGAGAUCCUUAGCCAAUACCAGUCUGGAGCUGUCACCAUCUACGAUGGUCGAACUGUUCCAGUACAUUGGAGUGCUUCUCAGCUGUUGCAAGAACACGAACGUCGUCACAGUCCGUGCGGACAGAACGAGCCUUCUGACCACUUUUCAGCGCCCAAUGACUCUGCAUUCAUCAGUGGAAGCUAUCACCUGAACUCUGGGAGUGCCAUCUACGGUGGAAUGAUUCAUCCUGACCAGCAGAACAUCUACACGCAAUCCUCCUCCUCGGCCACACCACCUUCGGCAGACUACCGACCUUAUUCAGUAGAUUACGAAGGUUCCUCAUCCGUGGAGCAGGAUGGCGGCUACGGCUAUCCAACCGCUCACAAUAACAACACCAAAUCGCGUCCGCCCACGUUCCCAAAACCGACGUCGGUCAUCGGCAACGGUACUGGUCGGCUGAUGUCUCAUCUGCCUCUUCACGGCUCUUUCACAUCGUUGGCUUCCGAACGCAAGAAGCGCAACGUCACCCAAGUCUGAAAUUUGUCUUUAAAAAAAUAAAAACAUGCCGAUAAGCAAAAAAAAAGUUUCCGUUUAUUGAACGGAAAGCUCUUUCUAGUCUACGGUCGUAACUUGACGUGACCACAUUUUUUUUUUAUGAACGACACGCGGAUCUAAUUAUUAAACGUACGACAAUAUUUGGUGCUCCUUCAGGUGUUCUCGUGUAACUUGAUCGCCUUUUUUCUUUAAUUGAAAGAUUUUUUGUGUACGUGUUUUUUUUUUACGAUUCUCUUUUUUUUUUCAAAUGUUGGAAUUUGACGGUACCGACUAUUGUACAGGACGUAUUUGAAAUGAUUUUUUAAAGAAAUGAUUGAUAACAUUUGACUCUUUUCGAUUUUGCCUCGUUUCAGAUACGUGUAUAUCUGAUGAGCAGUUUAUUAAGUGCUAUGUGAACAUUGUCAAGUCACUGCUAUUAUGUAUUAUUCGUUAUUUUUAUGUAACGAACACAACUGUUUGCUUUUGUACGUUCAAUACAUUUUUUUUAGAAAUGUUA